CCAUCCUCGCCCGGCAAACGAUCCCUUUUCCAUCGCCCCGACUCCUGCGAACACUUCCAAAUUACCAGCUGCUACUGCUUUUAACACCAUCGCAGAGCACAAAUAAAAUACAUACACUCGACGGCUUGCCUACAACCGCGCCUCGAUCUCCUCUUCGCGAUUUGCCGCACCUUUUGUCGACACACGAUACUCGGCACGUGUAAAUCCCACAUCCGCCCUCAACGCACGCCUUGCAGGCUACGAUCCCCCUAUAACACUGUCGAUAUUCCAACGUCCCAGUAGAGGACUCUACGACUUCUUCUUCAACUCCUACCGUCUGCGCCUCCGACUCAACCGUGGCAGACUCAAACGGCCAACCCCGCUCCGCUCUCUUCAGCAAGAUUGCGUCCAGUGAACAUGAAUCCAUCGCCGACUCCUUCUACUUCCAGACCGACGAUGAAUCUGUCCCGCAAUUGAAAGACACCGAAGCAAAGGCUUCUAAUUACUUCUUGCCCGUCAACAUGAUUGGGCGGCUGCUGCAUUUAGGCUCUGGUGGCCAAGCAGCCAACUCUUCCCAAGACCAGCUUUCUGGUUCUACAUCACGCCCUAUUCUCUCUCUCGACUCCGUUCAAGAGGACAUCCAUACUCGAAAUCUUCUUUUCCCCGAUGCCACCGCCCUCUACCAACACCGCAACGACCAAGUGUUUCCGCUCUCGACGGCUUCGUCUGCACCUAUCGCAAACAGUGCCGCCGUUUAUGAUUAUGGCGAUGAGCUCGACUUGGACGUCAAAGACGUCCGCGUCUUGAUUAUGCAAGACACACUAGGCCCUGCCAAUGCUUCCCUUCUCUACGACAGUCACCCUGUCCACGAUUUGGAGAGAUCAUCCAGCUUUUCUGAAAACAAGAAGGGUCCAACCUCCCGCAAAAGCAGCCAGAGCCAGUCCUCCCGUCCUCUCACCAUCAACUCAGAUAAUACACAACCACGACAUGGCGCCUUUGAUCGCCGCCUAUCUAUGCAUUCUAGAAAUCAUAGCCAGGCUGAGACAGAAUCUCAGCGAGCUGCUCGCGAAUAUCGUGAGGAGCUGGCUACCUUUUCCAGCUGCAUUUUUGGCAACUCAGAGCUUAUGGCAUACAAGGGCACCUCUACCAAGGUUCAUGUGGUCCCUACCGACAGCCGAUCUUAUGAUGCCAUGGCAUCUGUGGUCGGUGAUGGACGCAGCUCCUUGGGCCGCUCAAGCAUGCGCUCAAGCAAGCUUUCUCAAUCCUACACCUCUCAAACGGUCUCACCCACAUAUGGGCCAGCCUUGUCCGGUAUGAGUACACCUCUGAGACAGAGUUGCCGCAAAAAGGUGCUCAUCACCCGGCUGUUCCCUGUCACUCUUACUGCUGAAGAUGUCGAGCCUCGAACCUCCCCCCAAGAUGGCUUCUCAGAGGAAAAUACAGGCUUUCCUUUUCCCUCAGCUGGAGAGGAAGCCCCGCGUAAGAAGCCUCAACCCAAGCAACGACGGACUCCUAUGUACGCAGUAGUACUUGUCGUACACCUCCCGCCUACGUCGUCUCGAAUUUCCUCCGCAGCACCCAACAGGUCUGCAUUCAGAGAGCCAGGCUCUUACAAUGAGCAAGACCUGUUUUCAUCUUCGUACAAUUCUGCCAAGGGUGCGGGAUGGAACAUGAACAGCUCAGGCAUGUACAGCGACACAGCCGAGCCGCCAUUUUCUUGGGAGGUUGAGGAUAGAAUCGACCCGCUCACGAAGCACUGGGACGUUAUCAUGAGGACACUUACUCAUCUUCAGUCUCUUGCGGCAAGCAAAAUUCACCGGAUGCUAAAGCGUGCUGAUGCAGCCUCACCUGGCACUCACACCUCAUCUACACCCACGUCAAGGACAUCCUCAGUCAACGAACGCCGCAGCGCCGAGUAUGUGAGAAUCAAGCCACCAAAGAGCACUACAAAGCUCGUAUCACUAUGGCCUAAUUGUCUCGCCGACGAUGCCGGCAUUGCUGCAGAAGUCGGUUCAGCUCGCAGCCGUAUCGUCAUGGGCCUCAGCGUUGCACGAGUUGUCACCGGCCAAGGGCGAUGGGGUAUCUGGCGUGAUGAAGCCAUCUGGGCUGCCAAGUGGACAUCUAGCCUGGAUAAAGGUCCCUUCCUCUACAACCUCUUGACAGGAUUCCUCGCCACCCAUACGGAUUGGCUACAAGCUUUAUGUAGUCCGUCCUACAAGAGGAAACUGGCGAUACAACUGCAAAAGAAGAAUGAGGAUGAUAUGGCUCUUCCGGCUAGAACAAUCAUCAUUUCUGAUGACAAGAUGGCUGCCCGCCGACUCAUCUUCCUGCUCUCUGCCUUUUUACCCUCAAAUCAGCAAAUCAACGCGCCACGAGCCCAUCGCCCUAGCAUCUCAGCAUCUGUUGGACCUUAUUCCAACUCUCCGCCUACCUAUGUCGUGCCGGUAUUGCGAGAAGAGUCUCUGCGCCGCAAGAUUAACCGACGUAGUGGACUCCGCAGAGCGUCUCAUUCCAAGGUUGGGAGCCAAAGUGCUCGCAACUCUGUGGUACCAUCUACGUUGCCACAGGUGGGCAAGGAACACGGGCACCAGCGACGAGCAUCAGAUGCCGCAUCUAUCCGCACGCUCAAUCUUCCAAUGCCUGGUGGUGACUUUGUAAGCCGCAAGAGCAGUGCAGCGACAACGACGACUGUGGUUCCCGAGAGCACCGUUCCUCACUUUACGACGCUUCAGCGCUCAGAUACUCUCCUGCGCUACCGUACUGGCACCGCUGCUAGUGCUGCGACGGAAGACCUGAAGCGCUCGCUUAAGCGGGGGGAGAGCAACACAAGUGUCAGCUCCAAUAGUUCACGCAGUACUAGCCAAGGAUUGAAAUGGGGUAGUCUCGUCAGUGGGCUUUGGAGCCCCAAACGCCGCGAUUCCAACGACAGCACAAGUCAGAGCCAAUUUAGCGACCCAAGAUCGCCUAUCAAGAAGACCUUCUCGAACACCGAUCAGCUAUCUCAAAUGGUCCAGCAGAUCAGUGUUACCGAGGAGGCAGACGAUGACUUGCUGUCGUGCUCGCCCAGACAAACUACGCUGGAUCAAGGUGCUACCACGCCUCAAAGGGGCUCAACCCGUGGCCGAUUUUCGUUUUCCCAGCAAGACCGGACUCCUGACCCAACUGGUGCCUUUGAAUCGCCUGUAAAGACCUCAAUCAACGCAGAUGAUGGCGUCAUUGAUGUCGAUAUUCCCUUCCCGGACUACAUUGCGUCCUUUGAAUCCGCCAUUAGUUCGCCAUCAAGCAGCGGCUAUUUGUCAACACCAGGGUUACCUGGCAUCGACGCGUUUGAACAAUCCACCCGUGUCUUUGUCGAUGGUGACAACCCUAUCAACGCUGCUGGCUGGCUGAACCGCUUCCACCCUGACUUUGCCCUCCAGGCCAUACCACCUCAAAGCAAUCUCAUGGAUAAGGUCAAGGCUGCUUUGCGAGCCGAACCUACCCCUCAAGUGCCACACGGCUUGGAAGAUGGCCAGCAUGAGCGUUGGGUCGAUGUUGGAUCUGCAGUUAUUGCCGAUACCACUACCAACUCCAUCACCAGAGUUAUCUAUCGACGCCUGGUGAAGAACAAGGGUUCCGAUGAGAGACCUGGCAUUACAGCUGUGCCUGCCCAUGGCUCCAAUAUCCUGACACCGUCCAUCGUCCCGUACGAGACUCAGCUAGACGAAGAGUGGAUUGAGGAGCAGAUUACAGAGUCUGACGAGACACUCGUUGAGGCUUUGGAAAAGAUUCUUUAUCUGACUCCAGAGACUAGCAAGGAUACCUCGUCUGCCUCUUCUCAUACGCACACGGAGGGCCGCGAUAGCGUCUCAGUUGGAACCCCCGAUACUUUGUCGGAAAUUACACAACUAGCGGACGCACCUCUUGAUAUCCCUAGGGUGCAAUGCAAGGCCAUUGUCCUGAGCGCUCUUGAAGACGUCAUUCGUGAUGUGGUAGAGACUCGCGACGACAAUGGUGAAGCACAAGCGAACCGCCAUGGCCGUCACCCUAACCUUUUGCGUGAUUCUGUCCGUCAAUGGGUUAAUGACUUGGAGGCGGUAGCGUAAGAUGCUUACGUAUCGUCUUUAUUUCCAUUUCUUUAGGGACUCAUAUUAUACCCUACCGCAAUCUUGUGCGGUUUUGCAUUUUCUUCGUUACAUUUUGCUUUUAUUCCCUGUCGACUGUCAUGGCUAUGACAGCGUUUACAUAAACAUUAGCGCCGGCGUUUAUUGGCAAUGGGGAAGCAAGCUAGCUUAACUCGCUACAGCUACCUAUCUUGGCCAUAUUGAUGGAUUUUUGUUUUUUAUCUUUCUUCUUUCUGCAUAGCUAUGCAUGCCUUGGAGGCAGCCUUUUAGAUGAGCACGUUUUGGUACUUUUGAGCACUAGCAUAUAUAUACAGCCACGAUUAAUCAAGAACUGUUUUUUGAUCCG